AUGGUAGCACCCAGGGGAGCACGCACUUUCAUGCGCAACUGGUUUGCCAUCGAGGCAAUUCCUAUCUACGCCGUUAUUGGUUUGGCAGUCGGGGGUGCAGGCUGGUAUUUGACCCGCCUCGCUCGUGGCCCUACGGUCGUUUGGACAAAGAGUAACCCCACUCCCUGGAACGAUGUCAAACAAGAUGAAAACAUCAAGAUGUUGGAUGUUAACUCGAGGUUCGCAAAGAGCUGGUCGAGGGACAAGCUAUAA